AUGAAGGGGUCAGUCCAAGAGUAUCAAGCGCCAGUUAUAAGUGUGUCCAAGGACGAGAGGGAGGAGGUCCAGGAUCACAGCGGGGCUGCUGGGACAGCCUCUCAAAGCUCCAGUGGGGUUACUGGCAGCAUGGGAGACUCCCAGACGGACAGAAACGACAGUCUGUCCCCCGAAACCUCCAGCCAGUCCAGCCACGACACGGCAGACACCGGCUCAGGGAUACAGUCAGACGGCGGCUCGACGACGACUCCGUCCUCGCGGUCGCAGAAGAUCGCCCGAGCCAAGUGGGAGUUCCUGUUUGGAGGUCAGGCGGAGGAGAGCCGCUGCAGUAAAGAGGCUCCGCCCACGACGCCUCCGGCCAGCGGUUCGCCAAGCCCAACUCCCCCCUCCUCCCUCCAUCUGAAAGAAGCCAAUCAGAGGAGGGGGCUGGGCAGCGAGGUGCAUCACAAGGAGAGGCAAAUCAAGGUGGGACUGGUGACCCCCGACCUCAGAGGCUCCGCCCCCAGGACGGGCUUCAUCCUCCAGACCAUCCAUUACUCCGAGACAGAUUUGGACGCCGUUCCGCUGCGGUGCUACAGGGAGACCGACCUGGACGAGGUGGUCUGA